AUGUCAUCCGACUCUGACUGGGAUUCCCAUAGCAUGGACUCUCGUCCUUCUGAUUUCAACGAUGGAGCUGAAGCCAUCUUAAUGAACACUAGCUUCAAGAUCGAGGCUCUCGAGGGAGGCGAGGGAGACAAUUUAUCAAGGUGUUCUACUCCGGAAAGCCACAAGGACUGCCAUGGAUAUAACUCGAAUGGGCAGGGCGCCCCUGUGUAUUCCUGCGGCUGCUACAAGUAUAGUGAGAUGGAAAGAUACAAAAACCCACCUUCACAUCCAGACCUAGAGCAGGCAUUAGAAUCUGGCAAUGACGACCCCGAUAAUAUUGAUGUGUUAAGUCCAAAACGAAAGACCUGUAAUGAGGAUGAUACUCCGCGUAACUUCUUCCAGGACAUUACCAAUAUGCGGGCAGCAUCUAUGCCUGCCAUCGAACUUCCACCAUUGAAGCGUAGGAAGCUUGAAAGCCAAUCCAAAUUGUUUGAAGGGGGAUUAACUCAAUCCCUAGCUCAGGUUGCACAGGAGGUUGCGGUCGUGCGUGAAGCUCUGGGUAGGAUCAAAGAAGAUCUUGGUCGGCAAAGCAUAAUUCUUCUUGCGAUAUGUGAAGCCAUUCAAAUUGAUGAGAUGUGA